GCUGAAGAGGCCCAGCCGCUGCCGGUCGGGGGCCGCGCGCGGCGAUGCGCGCCCCGCUUGCCGGCGAGGCCCGCCACCGGAGGCGUGCAGGGUGCGGGCCCUGGGGCCGUCCGCAGCCCCCGGUGUUGGGCACAGGCCGCACUGGGACGAGCCGCGGUGCUCCAGAUGCGGGCUGGCGCGGUCUCCCGCAGGGGCGAGCAGCAGGGUAGUGGGCCGGACGUGAACCGGGAGCGGCUCACGUACUGCGUCCUCAGCCUCGUCGGGCACAGGGUCACCGUGAAGCUCAGAAACAACACGUAUGAGGGCCUGUUCCACAGCUGCGCGCUGGAGAGCGACAACGCGGUCACGCUGCGGUAUGCCCGCCAGCCUCCGCAGGGGGAAGCGCCCAGCGGCGAGGUGAUUAGUACGCUCAUCAUCCCUUGGAAGGAUAUUUUGCAGGUCUCCGCUGCGGGUGUGCAGCCGCUGCAGCAGGAGGUUUCGCGCUUCAAGAGAGGGGGCUUCCAGACGGACACCGAGAUAUCGGCCGCCGCCGGCAUUGGUGGCAGCCGCGAGCUCGUGCCGUGGCAGGGCGAGGGCGACAUCGCUCAUGAAGGCUGUUAG